AUGGUGGAGCCUCCUCCAGCAAUUUUCCCGUGGAGUUUCCUUGAGCCCAUCUCUCAUAAGGGAUCUCCUUCUACAUCGAAUCUGAAAUUUCACAAGCCAAAGAUUUUUGCUUCUAUUGUUGCAGGAUCUGAAGAAAAUCAGGUUCCUAUAAGUCAAUUAGCCUCGCCAACAGUUUGUGGAGAUACUGUUUUUAUGAAGAUCAAUGAGAGGAUUUAUCAAGAACAACUAGCUACUUGCCGUAACAAUCUGAUCGGUAGAUUGCUUCUCCGUAAGGGUUCUAUCCCAAUGAAAACCGAAACUCUAAAGGCUUCUUUGCAUUCGCUUUGGCGCCCAUCAGAUCCCUGGCGUUUGGUUCCCAUUGGUAAAGGGUAUUUUGACAUCCACUUCAAUUCUGAAACAGAUAUGCGUAAGGUUUGGGGAGGCGGUACUUGCACUCUCGAAUCGGGGAUUUUCCGUCUAGCUCAAUGGAAACCUGACUUCAAGCCUGGUGAUGUUCUUCCUCAAACACAUGCACAAGUUUGGGUUCGAAUAGCAGACCUCAGUCAAGAGUAUUGGCACCCACAACUCAUUCUAGAAAUUGCUCGGGGAGUGGGUACCCCGUUGCAAUUGGACCCGGCCACUAAAGAGCAAAGAUUUGGCUACUUUGAUAGUGUUGACCUAAUGGGCUCCCUUCCAACGUCCAUUAUGGUCGAAAGAGAACACCAUUGUUUUCCAGUAGGUAUUGAGUAUGAAAACCUACCUUCUCAAUGCAGUCACUAUGGUUUCAUUGGGCAUGAAAAGAAAAAUUGCAGGCAAUUGAAGGCCAAGGAAGUUCCGUCUAAACGCAUAGAGCAACCUCUGACAGGAGAACAAGUUUGUACUAAUCCAGAGGUUACACCUAUUGGCACUUCCAUUGAAGCUCCCAUGUCGAGUGAUGUCAUCGUGGCUUUAGUGGAUUCUGUUGUAGAAGAAGCGGUGCUAGAGCUUAUUAAUGAAUGA